GGAGCAGCAGAGGCACCGCAGCUUGAGCCGCAGGAAGGAUCACAACCCGGAGUGAACACACUCGAGCCAUCGUUGACCUGGGAAAAUGGGUCUAACGACGGUGUUCAGUCGUCGUCGGUUGGUUCUCAAAUUGUUUCUGGUUCAGUUCAUCGUCCUCCAGGCGACCUAUGCUGCCCCCUCGCCGAUUAUCAAGUUCCCCGGAGACGACACAAUCCCCAAAACAGACAAAGAAGUGGCUCUGCACUAUCUGAACAAGUUUUAUGGAUGCCCGGAAGACAGAUGUAACCUCGUGGUGCUCAAGGACACGCUGAAGAAAAUGCAAAAGUUCUUCUCCCUGCAAGAGACCGGAGACAUCGAUGCCCAAACUGUUGAGACCAUGAAAAAGCCCCGCUGCGGCGUCCCAGAUGUGGCCAAUUACAACUUCUUCCACAGGAAGCCCAAGUGGCAGAAGAAAGACAUCACCUACAGAAUUCUGGGAUACUCUCUUGAUUUGGACGAGGAGGUCAUAAACGAUGCCUUCUUCAGAGCCUUCAAAGUGUGGAGCGACGUCACCCCGCUGUCAUUCACCCGCAUCAUGGACGGAGAGGCUGACAUCAUGGUUAACUUUGGCCGCAAUGAGCACGGAGACGGUUACCCCUUUGACGGCAAAGACGGCCUCCUGGCUCACGCCUUCGCUCCGGGGCCAGGAAUCGGCGGUGACUCCCACUUUGAUGAUGAUGAGCAGUGGACCCUGGGCGAGGGCCAAGUGGUGAAGGCAAAGUUCGGUAAUGCUGACGGGGAGUUUUGCAGGUUCCCCUUCCUGUUCAUGGGCACUGAGUACGACAGCUGUACGCCCCAGGGCCGUGACGACGGCUUCCUGUGGUGCUCCACCACCUACAACUUUGAUGAAGACGGCAAAUACGGAUUCUGCCCUCAUGAAUUGCUAUUCACCAUGGCUGGCAACGCAGAGGGCUCUCCAUGCAAGUUCCCCUUCACCUUUCAGGGGGACAAGUAUGACGGAUGCACCACUCAGGGCAGGGACGACGGUUACCGCUGGUGUGCCACUACUGAGGACUAUGACCGUGACAAAACCUUCGGGUUCUGCCCUGAAACGGCCUUGUCAACAGUUGGAGGAAACGCAGAGGGAAGCCCCUGUGUCUUCCCCUUCACCUUCCUGGGAGACACAUACGAGGCCUGCACCGCAUCUGGACGCAGUGACGGCAAGAUGUGGUGCGCAAGCACCAAAAGCUAUGAUGAUGACCGCAAAUGGGGUUUCUGUCCUGACCAAGGCUACAGUUUGUUCCUGGUGGCAGCUCAUGAGUUCGGCCAUGCCCUUGGCUUGGAGCACUCUCAGGACCCCGGAGCACUGAUGGCCCCGAUUUACACCUUCACCAAAGACUUCCGACUCUCUCACGAUGACAUCUCAGGCAUCCAGGAGCUCUAUGGUGGGUCCACAGACAAGCCGCUGUCUCCGACUCAGGGUCCAGUCACUCCAAUGGACAUCUGUAAGGAGCCAGUUAUCUUUGACGCUGUUGCACAAAUCCGAGGAGAGACCUUCUUCUUCAAGGACAGGUUCUUGUUCAGGUCGGUCAACUUCAGAAGCAAGCCCAGCGGCCCUAUGCUAGUGGCCACCUACUGGCCUGACCUGCCUGCCAAGAUAGACGCUGCCUAUGAAAACCCAAUGGAGGAAAAAACAGUCUUCUUCUCAGGCGAUGAAAUGUGGGUCUACAAAGCAGAUGCGUUGGAGAGAGGUUACCCCAAGAAGCUCUCCAGCCUUGACCUUCCCACAGACCUGGCCCAAAUCGACGCUGCCUUCAACUUUAGGAAGAACAGCAAGACGUAUCUUUUUGCUGGGGACAAAUUCUGGAGAUAUGAUGAAAGUACCAAGACAAUGGACGCUGGCUUCCCCAAACUCAUUGCUGACUCCUGGAAUGGGAUCCCAGAUGGCAUUGACUCUGCCUUCACUCUUAAUGGCAUUGAUUACAGCUACUUCUUCAAAGGCAACCACUAUUUCAAACUGGAAGACAGCAGCUUGAAGAUCGUCAAGCUGGGAGAAAUCACAAAGGACUGGCUCGGGUGUUGAGUGUCUCAAAACAUUUCUCGCAAGUUGCUAAUUCCCGUAAUGAUGUCUGGCCUCAUGAGGACAUUGGCAUAUUAUCAUACACAGCUUGAGGUCGCUGCAGUGCACACUGUUGUAAGUUUUUUUAUCCUGGCAACUGUGCACGCUCUUGUGGGAGACGUGUCCCUUCCAACCUGUAUAACCAGCCUCCAGCUUUGUAGCAAGGCACCUCACCUUCUACACAGGCUCAACAUAGGCAACUGGAUAUUACUGUGUGAUAUUGACAUUGUAUUUGUUAUGCUGAUGCAGAUUUAUUUCAAUAUGUACCCCGUCUUAUUGUUUUAUAUUUUUUGUUGUUUGUUUUUUAAAACUCAGACAUCAGGUAUGUCCACACUGCAUUGAACGCAGUGCUAUACUUUGCUGUGAGAUGCUACCGUAUUAAUGCAAAUUUGAUUUCGAAAGGCUGUUUUACACCAAAUGUUGGCUUAGAAUGAUUUCUAUGUCCAGGGUACUAAGUGCAGUUUUAUAAAUGUAUCAGUUUUGAUCGAUUAACUUUUUUCACUGUUGAGCAAUACAUUUGAAAAAAAAAAAUGAAUUUGCACAAUGUGUCUGACCGAAGAUGGUGCUUUAGAGAUUGCUUUUGCAUAUAGUCCUAAAUAUAUAUAUAUGUAUACACAACUUGUAUUCAGUGUAACUAUGUCUGAUGUGACUAUAGUAUGGUCUGAGUGUCAGAAAGUAGGUUAUGCAGGCACACAUUACUCUUAAUUUGGUUUAGCACUUUUUUAUAGGACUAUACAUGGGAACUAAACAACGUGGAGACCAAAUAAUCGUCAUGGCAACUCCAUGUUGCAUGUCCCUUUACUCAUGGUACAGACAGAUCAAAGGCACAGGUUGCCUCUAGAGGCUGUAUAGAUUUGCUGCAUGAUGGAAUCAUGACAAGAGUACCGCAGUAGUAUUGUUUAAUUACAUUUUUUUACAUUUUUUUUUUUUUUACAUUUUCUUUAACGUUUCUUACCUUGGUUUUAGCAAAAAAACAAAACAAAAAUGGUGUUUUCUGAUGUUUUAAAUGCUUUUGCACUUUGUUACUGUCAUCAAUAAAGAUGAAAGAUGGUCA